AUGGCGCACGCGGCCAAACUGUCUUCGUUGAGGGCGGAGGCCUACCCCUCCUUGGCCGCGCUCCGCAGGACCAAAGACCAGCUGCGCGCGCUCGCGAGAGCCGUGCUGAGGAGGCCGGUGGAGGCGCAGCUUGACAAAAUACCCCAGCUUCCCGUUUGGAAUAACAACGACGCGUUGUCCACCGAUCUGCCCGACUUCGCCCUGUCUCCCCAGGAAUACAUUACUGAGAUUGGCCAGUACCUAAUGACGUUACCGCAGCAUCUAGAAAUGCAUUUAUCAGAGAAGCAAGCCCCCUGGCAGUUUUUAUCUGAGGUAUGCACACACACAUGCGAAGUGUACGCUGAGAAGAUACUGAACAUUCGCAACAUGGACGCUUUGGGAACUAAGAGGUGUCUUACUGAUAUUGCAUACCUCUCAAGUGUGGUGGAAGACCUCGGAAGCAGCAUCACACCAGCUCUGAAGAACUUGGAGAAAUCCCUAAGGGCAGCAGCGCCGAGCCAGGCCGAAUAAAUAAAUAAAUACAACAAAAAAAAAUCAAAACCAUAAAGAUAAUAUUCCUUCGGAAUAGGGCGACGACCACGAUCUGUCAAACGAAACCAAUUUUGUAUGACACCUGUAUGUCAGUAUCAGGAUUAAUAUUUCACUGUUGUACAAUAAAUCAAUCACUGAACCAGGCACCAAGUUUCUGAAGCAGUUUUCUCUUAAAAAAUCACGAUUUCACUAACGUAAAAUCUGAAAAUAUGAUUAUGUAUAAAAGUUAACAUUUUCAGCAUGCCACUGUAUGCCUCUGAACUGUUAAAAAUGGUUCUGUUUGACGUGACGGCGACGGCAUCACGCAUCUCUUUUUAUCACACAGUGUUUCUGCCAGUGACAUCUCGCUCGCUCAGUUAUUUGUUGCUCUAUUCCGCUAGGUAUAUUAAUUUUAUGAUCAACACACUAAUCUGCAACCCGAUUGAGCUAAACGCGCACCUGGCUGGAAUAUAAAUGAAAAUAAAAGAUGUUUAAGUGUA